AGUCUUUGUUGAGAGUGAACGAAUAGUGGUCAAAUAUUAACCCCAAACCACCGGGACAAAGUUGGAAAUCGCAUGCCAAACCUUGGCAGAAAGUGCAUCAGGGUCAUUCCAAGAACAAUUCGUCUUGCAAAUUUUUCGUUCGUUUAUUACCGAGGUGGCCAAUUUAGCAUUCACAUUUUGAUUCAUGCCUCGCAUGAGAAACAGCCCGGCAUCGAAUUGAAGACAGAGAAAUAUCAGUCAGGACUUCUGCUUCUUCCAACAAUUCCAUCUUUUGGCGUCGUUCUAUUUUGGGGAGGAUGCGCCCACUUGUGUUCUUAGGAAUUUGUGUCAUCUUGGUCAAUGUGCUCUUUCAAAACAAUCUCAUUGUCUCCAAAUCCCAAGCAGCACGACGGAGACGACUCAAACGGAUACGCUUCCGACCCAUUCAACAAAAAAGACAGAUUGAGGUGCCCAUUAACCUUGACAAGACCUUCUUAGGCCUUCCCCCCUCAGAUCAACUGCAAUCAGGAUCGCCGCUUUCAAGGCCAAGAUCAUCCGAAAUUAGUGAGAUUGAAGAAAUUAACUCACCCCCAAUGUCAACGGACACAACAACAAGUGUUUCACUUUCAACCCUCCCAAUGACGACCUUGAUUACCACUGAAUCUGCACCACUCCCAACCACAAUACCGGAAGAAUUGAUAAUAACCACGGAAAGUAGUUCUGAAAUUGCAUCGACCAUGGAAUUGACCACAAAAGCAACAACCCCUAUAAGUUCUGUAGCGGGUUUGGCGAUUGAACCGUCGGCGGUGGUUCGUAAUAGUUUCGUGAAUACCGUUGUCACGGGAGAUAUUACUUCUUCUAAGAAAGGGAACGAAUUGAUGACAGAAACGCCAAUGUCAGAUCAAGGGAUCCUACAGAUUAACCCGUCGGGAUUAAAGAUUACAGCUGAGGGGGAGGAUAUCACGAACCAACCUUCAGCUAGGGCAAAGGCGGGCCUUGAAUUCGCCAAUUCUUUGGACUUGGAAACAGAGACACCAACCACUUUGAGCUUCACGUUUUCGACAAAGACUGGGACAAUAGAUUCUGAAAUUUCUAAUGACGAGCCAACCACAGAACCAUUUUCCACUGAAGGUACAGCAGAUUCCUCGUCUAAAAGAUUACCAUCCACGUUAGACCUGUUUUCAAAUUUCGGAUUGGAAAUGGAAAUUCCAACGGAACCUACUACGGUACCUUUCGGGAUUAUGGAGAUUGGCUCGCCAGGUUUGCCGGACAUCUUGCCCAUGACAAUCACGGACGAUCCUGAUCUAAGAAUAGAGAGUGCUACAGAAGUUGAGAAUUCGGAGAUUACUUGGCGUGAUAUUCAAAAUCCCUUUUUAUUGGGAUUUGAUUAUUUGCAUGAUGAAGACAUCGCAAACGAGGACAUGGCCGAUGAAGACAUGGACGAUGAAGACAUGGACGAUGAAGACAUGGACUUUUACAUGGACCUUUUGGCUUCUGAGAUUGAUGGUGAUCAAUUGGAAAUGGCGUAUGAGGACGAUUACUUAAUGCUAGAUGGGUCGUUUGACCCACUGGAUUUAGAAUCAAGUUCACCGCAUACGACGGGCAGUGUUGAUUUUGGAAAUGCAAUUUCCACGACUGCAAGAGCAAAAAGUGACACGACAGAGUUUGAAAUGGAAAUGACGACUGCCCAAACGGAGGAGAACUCAUUAGGAGAAAGUUCCACCCAGGAACAAACUCAUAGUCCAACAGAGACAUCAACAAUUUCUGACAUGAACAGCUUGACAUUUAGGCCGAACAUAACCCUGAUGCCCCCCUCAGGUCCAAUCAGAAACGAAACUAAAUCGGAUGAACUUGAAGCGUCUACGAGGAGCAAUGAAAAUGAAGAGCUCGAGGAAACCAUGGAAACUUCAACUCUCAGCCCUUGUUGUCCAUGCACAGAAGAGUCCGAGAUCAGGAUUGGCGGAGCCUUGUUGCAACUCAUGAGAGAACGGGGCAUGAAAAGUCUGGAUCUGGAUGAUUUUUCAGAAAUCGAGGCAUUGUUGACUUCAAGCGAAGAUUUCACGGAUCUUCCAAAUCCUACGUCAACAUCUCGUCCUCUAAUCGCUGAAUCAUUUACAGAAAGCGAAGUCACAAUGAUCACAUCAGACAAAGACGAAAGCGUGGAGACCACCACUAGUAUUACUACCAUACCUGAUGAAGAAGAAGUUAUCGUGGAAACAACCACUUCUGUAUCAUUGAGUGAUGACGAAGAAAUUAUGAGCACAACCUCAAUUUCAACCAAAGUCCCUGAAAGCGAUGAAACUACGGAAUCCUUCUCUGAGAACGACGCCGAAGAUCUGGAAAUCAUCAGUAGAGCAGUGCUAAAAGUGAUGCGAGCUCGAGGCAUCAAGAGCCUCAAAGGAUUUUCUGAAAUCGAAGAUCUUUUAAAAAGCGCUGAAGAUUUCACGGAAGCGCCGGAAUCUACUAGGAACCCAGAUGAUGAAGAAAUCACUACUACAGUUAACCCAAUGGAGGAGGGUAUUGAAACUACCACAGAGUUCAUUGACCUCGAGACCGAGACAAUAGCCUCGAAUAUGACCUCUGAUGAGGAGGGGGAAAAUGCCGCCUUGUUGGACGGCGGAACUGACUUGAUCAAGGAGACUUUUGGUCGAUAUUUCAAGCAACUGAAGACCAUCUACGAGCUUGAUCUAAAGCUUCUAGAGCAACUCAGCAGCAUUUUGAAGAAAGUGAACAAUGAGACAUUGCCAUUCUUAUCCAACGCUCUGGCUCCAGGCUUGGCGGGCGUCCAAGGCUCAAAUCUCAACUUGGUCGAGCUUGUUGGAUACUUAACGAGUGUUCUCAAGAAAUCAGAAUUUGAGGGAGCUGUGACCACCAAAUUGAGGAACCUCGACUUCAUCAGCUUAGGUCCUUUGCCACUUCCCCUGGAUCCAUUUCUAGACGACCACUUUGUUCAUUUUGUUAGUAAAUUGGUUUUGGCCCAAUUCGACAAUACGGGAGUGGGCUUCCCAGUUAGAGCAUUACUUGUAGGUCCUCAAGUUUUCUCAGCUUUGAAGAGUCGUUCCAACAGCUUGCGCAUCGACUACAUCACCACCCAAAUCAUCUCCUCUAAAAUUAAAGAGUUCAUUAGAGCUACAGACGCUUUCGUAACCGUGAAUGAUGGCGAGAUUAUCGUUGAUUCACACACCGGAUUCGUCAACCUCAUGGAUGAGUGCAAGGUAACAGUCUCGGUCCCAAGUACCACUGUGAAAGCCAAGGUCUACGGGGCCAGCACAUUACGUAUUGCUGGCAGUGUCGCCAAAAUGGAAGAACAAUUGAAAACAUCAAUUAUUCUUGGUGGUGAUCUCGAUGUUAGUCUGAAUGUGAAAGGAGACGCCUUCGUCCGUUUGGGCAAGAAGAUAUUUCACAGGUGCUUCACUAAAUAUAAAAACAACAUUCCAUUGUCAUUAUUAUCCCAGGGUAAGGUCUGGGUUGGGGCCAGAAUUCUGGCCAAAGGAGUUCGCAUAGAGGAUCGCCCAGCGGAGACUCAGUUGUUCAACAAAUUCACCAAUUCUUACCAAGCCAUGCCAGGUUACACGAGCAUGCAAAAGUUUCUUGUGUUCAAGUUCGACCUUAAGCUCAACGCCAAAAUCCUGCGGUGGAAUGUUGACCAUAUCGGCCUGGAAGGUUGCGAAAUUCGACUCUUUGGUGUAAAGGUGAUAUCGUUCUGUGGCAUCAUCAAACGCACCUUGAAGGAUUAUAUUACCAGAUUCAUUUUAGAGUUCUCAGAAGUGUUCAUGCCAGAUGUGCUAAGAAAGCUUGAACAAUUGCUACGCAAACAAAUCGGCGACGAAAUAGCCAUUCCCUUGCUGUUAGCCGAGGAAAAAACGGAAACAAUCUCAACCUUGCUUCAAAAAGUAGAGAGCGUGGCAACGCUGAAAGGUGAUCUGAUCAGGGAUUUGUCCAAUGUUGCCUCAAGCAUCUCCGACACUUUGGGCUAGGCCAGUGUGUAUCAAAAUUUAAUUACUGUGAUAAUCCCCCUCGAAUCUGGCUGUGAUAAGUAUACGAUGAAAGAAUAAAUAGAUUUGAAUUUUCCACAAAAUGUCGCGUGUUGUCUUGAAACCUGUCAACCCCCCAUCAGAAUUGAAUACCCUGCAAUCUUCAAGGAAUCUUGGCCUCAUUUUUCGUCUCUUCUUGCGA